GAUCGUGGUGUACCUCAUGGAGAUCGGGCCUCUUUCGCUCAUGCACCUCGUGAGGAUCGUGGUGUACCUCAUGGAGAUCGGGCCUACCCAGCAUCUCAUGCACUUCGUGAGGAUCGUGGUGUACCUCAUGGAGAUCGGGCCUACCCAGCAUCUCAUGCACUUCGUGAGGAUCGUGGUGUACCUCAUGGAGAUCGGGCCUCUUUCGCUCAUGCACCUCGUGAGGAUCGUGGUGUACCUCAUGGAGAUCGGGCCUACCCAGCAUCUCAUGCACUUCCUGAGGAUCGUGGUGUACCUCAUGGUGAUCGGGUCUUUGCAGCAACAAGUCGUCAACCAGUUCCGUCGAUGUCUCGGGCCCAUGAUGGUCCUCGUGCACAGAGGGGCGAAGCUGGUGCCAGGUCAAGAAGUGCAGAAGGACAUGGCGAGCUUGGGAACAGGCCAAGGAAUGUGUAUGCUCGUGGUUAUGGUGCCAAGCGAUCUGCCUCAGCGAGUCCGUCGCCAAGUGGUGGUAGAGGAGUUGUGGGUGAGAGGUUGUCUGGAGGGGAUGUCUGUGGUGUCCCGCCGUUUGGCUUGGAGCCUGAGCUAG